AUGGUGGGCUCCCUCUCCCCGGCCGCCAACUCCACCCGCUUCUUGUACGUGUACGACACCGUGAUGCACGGCUUCGCCGCCGAGCUCACCGUCGACGAGGCCCGGCGCCUGUCGAACACUCCGGGCGUGACCGGGGUGUUCAAGGACAAGGCGGUCCAUCUGCACACUACCAGGUCCCCGGCCUUCCUCGUCCUCGACAAGGACUCUGGCAUCUGGCCGGACACGGACUUCGUCGACGGCAUCAUCAUUGGCUUCGUCGACAGUGGCAUCUGGCCGGAAAGCCCCAGCUUCAACGACAUCGGGCUCACCCCCGUCCGGCCGAGCUGGAAGGGCUGGUGCGCCGACGGCGAGCGGUUCAACGCUAGCAUGUGCAACAACAAGCUAGUGGGCGCCAGGACCUUCACCGCCGGCGCCGGCACGCACACGGAAUGGUUGCCGGGAAGAAACGAGGCCCACGAUUUCCAGUCCCCAAGGGACAAGGACGGGCACGGCACACACGUGGCAUCGACGGCCGCCGGCUCCGAGGUUCCCGGCGCCAACCUCUUCGAGUUCGCGAGCGGGACAGAGAGGGGGGUGGCUCCCAAGGCGAGGGUGGCCAUGUACAAGGCGUGCGGACCGAUGGGCUUCUGCAGCAUGUCGGGCAUCGCCGCGGCGGUCGACGCCGCCGUUAAAGAUGGCGUCGACAUCCUGUCCUUGUCCUUUGGGAGCCAGGACCACGACUUCUACAAGGAACCCAUGUCCACCGCCUUGUUUGGGGCCGUGCGUGCGGGCGUCUUCGUCGCCUGCUCGGCCGGCCCGGACGCAUCCUCGCUGAGAAACGUGGCGCCGUGGAUCACGACGGUCGGCGCCGCCACCAUGGACUGGGUGUUCCCGGCGAGCGACACGCUCGGGAACGGCCAGGUUCUGACCGGGCAGUCUCUCUACGACGUCACGGCCAACCGAACAGACUUCGUCCGGCUGUUGCCCAGCGCCUGCACAGCCAAGGACCUGGUGCCGGACAGGAUCAUGGGCAAGAUCGUCGUGUGCGCUGGCGAUUUGGGCGCUGAUGCAUCAUUCGGUGCUGCGGUGCAGAAGGCCGGUGGCAGCGGGCUAGUCUCCGUCGCCACCCAGGAUUGGCGUAUGGAGGGGCUCGUAGUCCAGGCGUUCACCCUUCCUGCUGUCAGCCUCAGCGCCCGUGAAGCCGAGAAGCUGGCGGCGUACGUCCGCUCGGAGCCUUACCCGGUGGCAUCGUUCCGCUUCACCAGCCGCACGGUCACCGGAGAGAACCCGGCGCCGAUGGUGCCGUCCUUCUCGUCGCGGGGCCCCAACCACGUCACCCGCGAGAUCCUCAAGCCGGACGUGAUCGCGCCAGGCACCAACAUCCUCGCCGCCUGGCCCGGCGAGUCGCCACUGACGGACGCCGAGGAGGACCCGAGACGCGCACGCUUCAACAUCGUGUCGGGCACCUCCAUGUCGUGCCCGCACGUCGCCGGCGCCGCGGCACUGUUGAAGCACAGCCACGGCCGGCCCAUCGCGGACAACGGCCGCAAAGGUGGCGCCGGCGAUGACGCGACGCCGUUGGCGGCCGGCGCCGGCCUCGUCCGUCCGCAGCAGGCGCUCGACCCGGGCCUGGUCUACGACGUCGCGGAGUGGGACUACGUCGACUUCCUGUGCACGCUCAACUACACCGCGGCGCAGGUCCGGAUGUUCGUGCUGGGCUUCGCCGGCUGCACGAGGACGCUCCCCGGCGGCAUAGGCGGCCUCAACUACCCGUCGUUCGUCGCGGACCUGGGCAACGGCACCGACAUCCGCGUGCUGCCGCGCACCGUGACCAAGGUUUCGGAGGGUCCCGAGACCUACGCCGUGAAGGUGGUGGCGCCGCGCCAGCUCGUGGAGGUGACCGUGACGCCGGCUACGCUGGAGUUCGGCGGCGAGCCGUACGAAAAGAAGAGCUACACCGUCGUGUUCAGGAACAAGUACAGGACGCCGAGCGCACAUGGCGCGGCGGGGAUGGCGCUGUUCUGCCAGAUCGUGUGGCAGAACGACGUGCAUACGGUGAGGAGCCCCGUUGUGUUCAUGUGGAACAGACGUGAUCAGUGA